UAAAGUUUUAAAGACCUUCGAGUUACCUUAAGCAAGGAACAUAUCCGGACUUCAUGUUCCAUCAAUAUUAUGCGUUUACAAGAUGAAUCGAAUCGCGGUGGUUUUUAUUUUUACAUUAUACCUGAAUUUGGAUAUACGAAAGUCUACUGGUGCCCAGUGUCCUAACUAUUGCCAAUCGUGUACUGAGGUCGACACAGACCCCGUGUGCAACUGUGGGUCGGGAAAAUAUUACCUCAAAGAAAGCUGUUUGGCAUGCAAUACUUUUGGGGUUAACUGUAUACGAUGUAGCAAUGAGUCUCAGUGUGACGAAUGCAUACCUGGCAAAUGGGACUCACGGUGUAACAAAGACUGUGAACUGAGUUGUAAAGAUGGAAAAUGUAAUCUUAAGGACGGAUCGUGUACUUGCAUUCAAGGAUUUUACGGAAAUAAUUGCCAGAUUCAAUGUUCACCAAACUGCCUGGGUAACAGUUGUAUGGACAAUGGCCACUGCAAUUGUACACCAGGGCAUUAUUUACCAACGUGUAAAGCAAAUUGUUUGUCUGCUUGUCAAGAAUGCACUAACGACAGUUCAUGCUCCUUAUGCCCGUCCGGAAAAUUCGGAAAGUUUUGUGAACAAGAAUGCAGAUGCAACGGAAAUGGCUGCAAUAUGCUUACUGGUGAUUGUAUAGUAAAGAUUUGUCAAGAAACUUGCGCAUCAUGUGAUGACAGUGAACCCUGCAAUGAGUGCAUUGGUGGAUGGUUUGGAUCAAAAUGUGACUAUGCGUGUCCCGGUAACUGUUACGGAGGAUGUGUCCAGUCGUCUGGCGUUUGUAAUGCAUGUCCACUGGGAUAUUACGGUUCAAAAUGUGACCAGGCAUGUAAUUAUUGUAGUGAAAGUGGUUGUUCACUAAAUGGGGAUUGUUACAGCUGCUACCCUGGAUUCUAUGGUACAUUUUGUAAUUUAACAUGUCCUUCGUCGUGCAUACUAACUUGCAAUCCAGCAGACGGAUCAUGUAAUUGUCCUUUAAAUUGUUUAACCUGUUCAGGUAGUAAUUCAUGCACUCAAUGCAAAGACCGUUACUACGGAUAUGUAUGUGGUUCAUUGUGUAGCCCUACAUGUAAACAGGGACUAUGUGACAUGCAGACAGGGUAUUGUGUGGAAUGCAACUCGUCAUCGUACUACGGCGACUUUUGCAACACUCUCUGUACAUUCACAUGUUCAACAAACGGAUGCGAAAGGCAAACUGGUAGCUGUUUCGGGUGCGAGGAUGAGAACGUGUAUGGAACAUUUUGUAAUAUAACAUGCAACAGAAAAUGCAAGGAUCAAAUGUGUUCACAAGAAAACGGUCACUGUACAAAUGGAUGUAUACCUAAUUAUUAUGGGUCAACGUGUGAAAAUGUAUGCUCUGAGAAUUGUAUCAGUUCCACAACAGAAUCAAUAUGUGACUCAAAAGGAAAGUGCACCAGCGGAUGUAUGGAUGGGUUCAUUGGCGAUACGUGUACAACGGACGACCGUAACCAAGAAAGUGAAGAAACUAACUCUGGUUCUAUGAUCGGUGGAUCGGUUGGUGGUGUGCUUGGCGUGUGUGCUGUCGUAGCGCUAGUGGUGGUUGUCCUGGUACUGAAGAAAAAAGGGAUCACUUGGAAGGAGAGCAAGAAGACGUAUGAGGAUAUAUCUCCAAGAAGAAUGCAAGAUGAACCCUACUCAGCAUUGGCAGUUUCGAGCACGACGGGGAACGAAAUACUCGAGUCGGAGCCAAGGUCUGAGCUGACCAUCGAAGGUGAAGACAACAGGGUGUAUUACAAUGAUGAAAGGGUCUACUACAAGAAUGUCGGGGGAAAUGUUCAUAAAACAUGAGAAUGUACACAGACAGAUUGAGCAUAUGAAGUGUUAGUAGGAUGUUUCCAGGAGUGAAUAUUUAUACAAACGCUUACCUGUUAUAUCAGCGCUAUCUUUGUUUAAGUUUUAAGUACAUCAAAAUAAUCUUGUAAAUUGCAUACUUCAUGCUAAGUUAUUCUGAUGCAAAAAUAGUCUCAUUCCUCUGUAUGGUGCAGAGUUAUGGGGACUGAAGUAUAUGCAAAGAAUAGAAGCUGUACAUAUGCAUGUUUGUAAGAGAUAUCUGGUGGUUCCUCCAAGUGGUUGCAAUGAUGCAGUGUUAUACUAAAACAAUCCCUGCAGACAUUAAACAAACGUACAGAAACUGCAAAUUCAAACUUCUUCCAUUAAACAAACCAAAUAUACACUUAAACAAAUCAAGCACACACUGAACAAAACGGACACGGAAUACACUAGAUGCAAUACAGAGAAUAAACAAAGCAAACAGAUGCUAAAAAUCAAAAGGACAAUGAACCAUACAUACAGAAAAUGUUCAAACUGACAUUGAACACACUUAACACUGAACAAAUUAAACAUGCACCUAACACACCAAUAGGACACUUAACCAUAAAGUAACUCAACAAACAUACACUGAACAAACAAAUAUUAACUUAACAUACAAAGCUGAUACUGAACAAAUAAACAGGCACUAAACAAACAAUACAGACACUCAUGAAACAAAGUAUUUGCUCAACACACCGGACAGAUACUUAAAAUAUCAUACAACUAUUGAACACGAUAAAUUCAUGUUAACAUACAAAACAUAUACUUAACAAACCAUAUGGCCACUGAACGCAGCAAUCAAAAACUUAACGAAACAAACCAACUGUAAACAAAACAACACAAACAGUAUUUACCAAGCAGACAUUGAAUACGUAGGAAUUCAACAAACAUUAAAGCAGUGUUAAAUGCUGCUAAGCUAAACAGGCUUACAAAUGCCCCAAUUUCUUUGUUUCUUUACUGUAUUUAUAACCAAAGCCAAUUAUUAUCUUUCUGUUGGAAAACAUAGUUCAAUGUGUUAUGUGAUCAUCGAAUUCAAUUACUUUGUUUAUAUUUGGACCUUAUAUUACCAUAUUAAUAAAGUUUUCA